GUGGUCUUUGUGGAUGUGGCUGUGAAACUUCACUGUGGAGGAAUGGGUUCUACUGGAUUCUGUUCAGAGGACCCUUUACAGAGAUGUGAUGCUGGAAACCUUCCAGAACCUGGCCUCCAUGGAUGUUGAGACUCAAUUUAAAGCCAGUGGAUCGGUUUCUCAGCAGGAUAUGUAUGGGGAAAAAGUAUCUAAGGAACAGAAAAUACCAAAGUUCACAAAAAAAAAAAAUUCCUGUGCCCACAUUUUAGAAAAAAAUUGUGAGGACCAUAGCACUGAAGAUCAACAGAAAAAACAGGGGACACAUCUGAGAAAUCAUGUGGACAGAUUCUGUAAAAGUAAUGAAGAUAAUCAAUGUGGAGACGUCUUUAGUCACAGACCAAAUCUUACUCCGUCCAGGAAAAUUUCUCCAGGAGAAAAACAGUAUGAAUGCACCAAGUGUGGGACAGUCUUCAUGCACGGUGCUUCUCUUAAGAGGCAUGUCAGAUCUCAAUGUGGAAAAAAAGCAUAUCAGUGUCAGGAGUGUAAACAGGCCUGCAGUUGUCCCUCGCACCUAAGUGGACACAUGGUAACACACACUGGAGAGAAUCCCUACGAAUGCAAAUUAUGUGGGAAAACCUUUCACCAUUCCUAUUCCCUCACUCAACACAUAAAGAUUCACACUUCGGGAAAAACCUAUGAAUGCAACCAAUGCAGGCUCAUCUUCAAACACUUCUCCAGUUUGACUAGACAUGUGAGAACUCACUUCGGAGAGAAGCCUUACAAAUGUAAGGAAUGUGAGAAAGUCUUCAUUUAUCCCUCAGUCUUUCAAAGGCACACGAUCACACACACUGGGGAAAACCCUACGCGUAAAACCGACCAAUGCGAGCGGUGUGGGAUGGCCUUUACUGAGUUCUCAAGCUUCACUAGACAUGUGAGAACACAUACAAAAGACAAGCCAUAUAAAUGUAAGGACUGCGGGAGAGCCUUCACUUACCCCUCAACAUUUUAAAGACACAUGAUAACACACACUGGAGAGAAACCCUAUAAAUGUAAACAAUGUGGGAAAACCUUCAGUUACCCCCAGUCUUUUCAAAGACAUGAAAAGACUCACACUGGAGAGAAGCCCUAUGAAUGUAAGCAGUGUGGGAAAGCCUUCGGCUGGCCUGAAACCUUUCGUGUGCAUGUGAGAUUGCACAUUGGAGAGAAACUCUAUAACUGUGAAAAAUGUGGGAAGGCUUUCAAUCCUCCCAAAUCUUUUGAAGGUCACGUGCCAACUCACACUGGAGAGAAGCCUUAUGAAUGUAAGCAAUGUGGAAAAGUCUUCAGUUGACCCUCAACCUUUCGAGAACAUGUGAGAAUUCACACUGAAGAGCGUCUCUGUAAAUGUGAAAAAUGUGGGAAGGCUUUUACUUCUUCCAGAACGUUUCAAGGUCACUUGAGAACACACACUGGAGAGAAACCCUAUGAAUGUAAGCAAUGCGGGAAAGCCUUCACUUGGCCCUCAUCCUUGCAAAAACAUAUGAGAUUGCACACUGGAGAGAAGCCUCAUGAAUGUAAACAAUGUGGGAAAUCCUUCAAGUGGCCCUCAGCCUUUCGAAACCAUGUGAGAAUGCACACGGAAUAGAAACCCUGUGAAUGUGCAUAACAUCCGAAUGCCUUUAAUCGUCAAGUCAUUCUCAAACCUGCUGAGAGCACAUACUACAGAUUCUCUAACUGUAACAGUUCUGAGCGGCUGCAGGCCCUGCAGGGGGGGAGGCUCCCCAGAGAGCCAGUCGGCACCCCCCUUUGGAGGCCGGAGUUGCUGGCCUCAGACACCCCAGCCCAGCCCCAGGAAGACAACCUCGUAGCCCCCUCCAAUGAAGACCUGAAGAUGGCACCGGCCAGCACCGCCAGGCUCCGCUGCUGCCCUGAUAAACCUCUUGGCCUCAAAGGGUGCCGAGUCCCGCUGCGCGCCGCCGCCUUUCACUCUGACACCGCGCCGGCAGAAGGGCCCCUCGCGGACUGUUGUCCUCAGGCCAGUCUCCGGCCUCGGCCAGCCUUCUGA